UGACGUGGUCUGUCUGUGUGUUUGCAGCAUGCGUCCUCAGACGUGGAGAAGAUGGUUCUGGGAAACAAGUGUGACAUGAACGACAAGAGACAAGUUUCCAAAGAGAGAGGAGAGAAGCUCGCCAUUGACUACGGCAUCAAGUUCCUGGAAACCAGCGCCAAGUCCAGCAUCAACGUGGAGGAGGCCUUCUUCACUCUGGCCAGAGACAUCAUGAGCCGCCAGAACAGGAAGCUGAACGACAGUAACCUGUCUGCUGGAGGUCCGGUGAAGAUCUCAGAGUCUCGCUCCAGGAAGAGUCUGUUCAGGUGUUUGCUGCUGUAGGCGGAGCCUCCUGCUGCUGUGGGCGGAGCUUCCUGUCAGACUCUGCCUCCCUCAGGACGGCAGCUGACCAUCAACCUGCUGUGACUCCGCCUUCACUCCUCCUUCUUCUUCUCCUGUUUUAAUGUGGCUGCUGGCUGCAGGUGAAGGAGGCGGAGCCAACGCAUGACUCACUGUUUGUUAAUGAUGAGGAGGCGGAGCCUGUUUCUGCCUGAACCAAAGCCUGAGGAGUCACUCUGCUGCCCCAAACAAACAUGGAGGACGGUGCAGCAGAUCCUGGUCCUGGUAGCUUCUCAGCUGUUGACCUGCAGGUCUGACAUCAUCACCGUCAGACGUUCUGUAGCUGCAGCUGACGGACGUCAUCAGAAAAUAUCAACUCACACAUCGAACAAAAAGCUAAACUUUCCUCCGAACUCAGACAGAAAAAGGAAAAAGAUCAAAACGGCUUCAGCCUCGUCCUGCUGAUGCAGCUUAAAUUAAAACCUUGUGCUUCUCUCAGAGUUUAGUUCAUUUCUGCUCCUCAGAGGUUUAAUAAAAUCAUGUCUGUGUGAAGAGAAGCAGAACAAACCAACGACCUCCACAUGGUCAGAAUCAACGAGGCCCGAAGCCUCAACCUGAUCAGAUGUUUGUUUUAUGUCGACUUGUGUUCACUGAAAUGUCUUAAUCUCACAGAUUAUUUAACGCUGAGUUUUUUUAACCAAAAGAACUAAUAGUUUUAUAUCAUUUAACGUAAUAUUCCCGUUAUAAUCCUUUGGAGUCGUGUCCGUCAUUAAAGCCUGAAUUUACUUUGAUCAUUUAAAAACAAAUAUUCAGUAAAAAUGUUACAAAGAACAAAGAAAAGAAUUGAAAUCAGUGUUUUGGCACAAAAGUGAAGAAAACAUUGAAAUAAAACCAUUCAGAGAAAAAGCUGCAGUUUGUCUUUACAGAAACGUUUCAGCUGAAGUCUGGACUGAAGGCUUCAAACGUCAGUGAAUGAAGCAUGAAGCUGAACGACGCGGCGCGUUUGUCAGAUGGCUCUGAUUGGUCAGCACUUUGUAACUCGCUAUGCAAAACCACUUCCUGUUUUGUUGUUGCCGUUUGUAUUUCUGUGCUCUGAUUGGCUGCCUGUUCCUCACACAUGAUCAGAUGUAUUGAUUAUUGUUACGCUGAUCAGAGGGAUUUUUUUUUUUUCUGAAAUCUUUGAGUUUAUUUUUUUACCUUUCAGAAUAAAGGCCUUUUCACAUCAGCUCUGUUCCUUCACAUUAAAACAACUAUUUUAAUAAACAUAUUUUAUAUUUGUGA